AUGGCGGCUGUUCAUAUGCCGCUGCCAGUGGCUGAUGGUGGCUGUAUGGCUGCUCACGAAGAUGUGAAUCGCAGGCCUCCUCUCACUUGGCAACAGAGAAGAAACAUAGCACUUGGUGCUGCAAGGGGUCUAGCUUAUUUGCAUGAUAAAUGUGAAGAGACAUUUGUUCAUUGCGAUGUCAAAGCUGCAAAUAUAUUGUUAGAUGACAACUUCGAAGCAGUUGUUGCUAACUUCAAAUCAGCCAAGAUCAUGGACCACAACCAGACUCAUAUUAUCACUACCGUGACUGGAACAAUUGGUCAUAUAGCCUCUGAGUACCUUGCCAGUGGUAAGUGUUCAGAUAAAACUGAUGUGUUCAGUUAUGGAGCGUUUCUUCUUGAGCUCAUCACCGGACGAAGAAUUGUUGAUCUUAUUCACGUAACCGAUGAGAAUGACAGGAUGUUGAGGAGAUGGGAAUCAAUGGCUGACGAUGAAGGUGGUGAUGAUGAUGAGAUGGAGGCAGUGGUGAAGAGGGGUUGA